GAGUACGCAUUGGUGCGGUCGGGAUCAGCUGUCUUGUGACAGCAUCAGCGGACUGGUCGGUCACAGCUGGUGCCAGUGUUUCUUGUCCCGGUGGCAGAGGAAGGUUGUGGAGAUGAUAGCCGUGUGGCGUCAUCUGAGCGACAUCACGCCAUGGCUCUUCUGUUUAACAAUAGGAAUGGUGGUGUGUGUGCCGCCCUCACAGGGCAGGACGAGCAUUCAGCAGCGCGAGGCAUACCAAGGGAAGUUUUGGCAGAUCACUGACAUCCACUGGGACCAAAAGUAUAGUGAGGAUGGGGACUCUGCCAAGAUGUGUCACAAAGGCUAUCAGUCUGAUGAACAUAAUAGCAUGUGGGGGAAUUACAAUUGUGACUCACCCUGGCCACUGGUGAAGAGUGCAAUCCAGGCCAUGGUGGAGAUAGAGGCACAACCAGACUUUGUGCUGUGGACAGGAGACAAUGCUCCUCAUACAGAUGAUCCACAGCCAAACUUUUCAGUGAUCUUCAACUUACUAAGUAACAUCACUGGGGAGCUGCGCACAGCCUUCCAUCCCUCCAUCCCAGUGCUGCCUGUCUUGGGCAAUCAUGAUGCAUUCCCUAAGGAUGACUACCCAGUUGCUGGAAAGGAAUUUUACGGUAAGUAUCUAACUGAGGGAGGCUGGUCAGCACUCUUGCCGCCAGAAGCCCAGCAGGAGUUUGUGAAUGGUGGGUACUACAGCUACAGAUUGGACUCAGGAGUGAUGAUACUGGUUGUGAACACCAACCUCUAUUAUGCUUUCAACACACUUGGAAUAGAUGUGCCAGAUCCAUGUGGACAGUUUGCCUGGCUACGAUCAAAACUACAGUUGGCCCGGGAUGAGAAAUUCAAGGUGAUCAUCACUGCCCAUGCCCCACCUGGCUACUUCGAGAGGCAGGCCCUUGUGCCAUUCUUCAAUGGCUCCUACAACACUGCCUAUGUUGAUCUGCUGAAUGACUUUGGAGGAGUGAUACUGGUGCAGAUUUAUGGCCAUGAACAUACUGAUAGCUUCAAACUGUUCUCAGGACCAAAAGGUGAGAUAGAGAGUGUUGCUCUCCUGGCCCCAUCAGUCACCCCUUGGCAUGCGUCUGUCUUUGGUGGCACUGCAAUCAACCCAUCUGUUCGCCUUUACCACUACACUCCUUCAGAAAUCUUGGAUUAUUUUCAGUACCACCUUAACCUGAGUCUGGUAAUAUCUUCUCCAGAGCGUAUGUUGAAUACUACUGGUGACAGCAGUCUUGAAGCAGGUAAUGAGACAGAAAUACCCAAGUGGGAAUUGUUUUAUCAGGCAAGGGAGACUUAUGGGCUCAGUUCUCUUAGCACCAUCAACAUGGCCAGCCUCUUUAAGCAGCUGGAGAGUAAUGACACAUUAUUCCAGAAAUAUUACCUCUUUAAUUCUGCUGGGUAUAAUAAUGGAAUGUGUGAUUCUUCUUGCAAGAAAAACCACAUUUGUGCCAUUGCAUACUUGAAGAUACAUGAUGUUGUUCACUGUAUGCAUUUUAAGUCACCAAGGCCCCACAUUCUAUCAUAUGAACAUUUAUCAAAGUUUGGGAAAGAGCUUGCUGGAAAUUUCCAUAAGUCAAAUGCUUCCCAACUAAUAAUUACCCUUGUGGUGGUGAGCAUGGCCCUCACAGCAGUGUUGGCAGUCGUCCUGGCCGUUAUGUUGGUUAUGGUUGUUGUCAAAAGGAGCAGAAUGGUGCCAGUCGAGAGAAGCUUUCCUAUUCUAGAUUUGUCAAAGCCUCACUGGCAAAAUUAUAGAAAACUACCAUGAACAUAAAUUUAAUGAGAGAAAAGCAUGAAUUUUAAAAUGCACAAUAUAUUUUUAAUAGAAUUUUACUCAUGUCACCAAGCUACUGGUAUUAAGGGUAUAGGAAUAUCUGAGACCAUGAAAUUACCAGAGGGUGCACAUGUAAAAAAACAUUAAUCCAACCUUUUAAUGUCCUAGAGGAAAAUAAGUUAGCAGUAAUGCAAGAAAUAUCUUGGUCGUAGUAAUGAUUCUCUAUUUUUAUAUUAAAUUAUAAAGAUUAUUUAUCUAAGUAGUCAGUCUAAGGUUAUGCCAUGAUUAGCUUUAGGUUGUGCUGCAGGAUUUCUUUGGCAUAAGCAGGUGUGUGAAGUGAGGGGAUGAAGGUUGCAGCUUCUGUGUGAAACAUGAUGAACACUUGGGAACUGCUAUGUUUGCUCAACUUAUGAUUUUAAGCUUUGUCACAAAAUGGCAUAAUAUUCUUGACACACCAAGCCAGUGUCACCUGGAAGAUGACAGCAAAGAUAAAAGGCCUACAUGCAUACCUAUACAUUUAAAUUUUAUGUAUUCUCAUGUUUGUUUUUAUCAUCAUAAAGUGUGUGUGUGUGUGUGUGUGUGUGUGUGUGUGUGUGUGUGUGUGUGUGUGUGUGUGUGUGUGUAAUGUGGCAAGAUUUUGCAUCUUCAUAACUGAUAUGAGAGAUGCCAUAUCCAUGUGUUGCUUAUUUGUCAACUAAGUCCUGUGGAGAUGCCAUAUUUGUGUGUUGCUUAUUUAUCAACAAGUCCUGUGGUCUGUUGAGGAGUCUAGUUUUCAAGUCCUUAGUUGGUUGUCAGGUGUAUGUUUUCUUGAUUUUGUCAUUUUUUAAUAUCACAAGUAUGUAUGGAGUAUCUUGGAAUCACUAUGUCCAUCCUCUUUAUCUUCUUCAGUGAGUACCUACAUUGAAGAAGUUGGGAACUGUUCUUUGGCAGACAUUAUUUUUGCUUCUUUGCUGUGCCUUCCACUUGAUAUUGCUGUUUGUGUGGCAUGCGUUCUUAAUCCAGUUUACUUCAACCACCCAGCCUUAGUCUGUAUGGCUGCCAGCACAACACUGAAUAUUCUUUAAAAAACUAUUCUUAAAGACAAAAGUGAAGCAGAACUGUUCCAGAUUUUGUCAGAGAAUAUGUAAGGAACAAUUAUUUGGACAGCAAGAACACCCCAUUUGAUUUUCUUGCCUAGUUACCAACACACAUUCAUUAAUUAUGGUUGCAGAAUCCCAUCUUCUCCUACAGGGUCUGCCUCACUAUGCCAUUGUUUAGUGGCUGUCAUGAACAUUGAAAUAUAGUGUGUUGUAUGAACAUAGAGUACUGGUAAUAAACAUAUCACAACUGCAAGCUAAUAAACUACCUGGUGCAGCAGUACUUCAGAAUAGGACAAAUAGGUACUUAACUCACUGGUUGUGGUACCUCAUACCUUUACAACAGGAGUUGGGAGUGAAAGAAGUUCAGAGUUAAUACUCUUAACAGUGAGGAGCCUUCCUCUCUACUAUAUACAAGAAAAAAUACUGCUUCAUGUGUUAUAUGUAAUAUGUUAUGGUAGUAAUAUUGGAGCUAUUGAACAUUGUAUUCAUAGAUUCUGAGUAUACUGCAUUGAGUAUGUUACUGUUAGAUGUAUUAAGUGAAAUGGAGUGGGAGAGGAAAUAGGAGAUGGGAUUGAAUGCAGUGGAAUGGUUGAUGGUAGACUGUUUGUACUUGCUUUAUAAUGACACGUUGCCUUGUAAUUAUUGGCAUAAAAAUGUGUUCAGUACUUUAAUAUGGUUUGUGGAAAAGCUAACAGGAUGACCAAACAUGAUAUGGAAUGAGGUCCUGGGAAAAAAAAUUAAAGACCAAAGGACUUGACAAAUAUAACCACAAUUUUUACAAGCUGUCAUGAGAUGACAAAGUUUGACUCACAUGUGAAUGGGAUUUGCAGGUGAAUAUUAUGAUAACUGCACUCUGUUGCCUGUAAUAAUUGAUGUCUUUCCUUUUUAUUGUGAUAUGUGUAUUUGAAAAAUUGACCACUGUCCAUUAUUUCAAAAGUAUAUAUUUUAUCACUAUGUAUCUUAAUAUCUCAGUAUUUUAUGAUAUUUUAAGAUAGGUGUAGCCAAUAAGACAAUAUAAAUAGAUAUAGUUUAAAUGUAUAAAUAGGAAAAAAUGUGUAUUGAAUGAUAAACACAAUAUAUGUGGUGGAUAGUAAUGUUCUUACACUCAAUACAUUGUUUAGAGUUAAUGACAAAGUAUUUGCAAGUGUAAAUGGUAAUGUAAUGGACAUCUUGUAAAAUAUAUAUAUAUAUAUAUAUAUAUAUAUAUAUAUAUAUAUAUAUAUAUAUAUAUAUAUAUAUAUAUAUAUAUAUAUAUAUAAAUACACACACACACCGCGUAGUGUAGUGGUUAGCAUGCUCGGCUCACAACCAAGUUGGUCCGGGGUUCAAAUCCUGGGCGCGGCGAGGCAAAUGGCUUAAUGUGUAGCCCGUAUUCACCUAGCAGCAAGUAGGUAUGGGAUGUAACCCAAGGGAUUGUGACCUCACUAUCCCAACGUGUGGUGUGUCAGUGGUCUCAGUCCUAUCCAAAGAUCAGUCACUAUGAGCUCUUGAGCUCUUUCCGUAGGCUGGCUGGGUGACCAGCAGAUGACUGUAGGGGAAUCACACACACACACAAGCUAAGUUUACACUGCACUACAGUUACCUCCAUAAGUGGAUAGUCAGUGGAAAAUAUAAUGUUAGCAGUAAAAUUUAUCUGUGAGUGAGCAGUAAAAUUUAUCUGUGAGUGUGAAUUUCCACAUUACUGUUUACCACAUAUUUCUUUUUGCUAAGAACCACCUUGUGACUUUAUUUUGUUAUAUUACAUGCACUGGCUGUAUUAACAGGGAUAACACAAAUACAUGUAAUUAUUAGUGUUCAAAGAUGUUACCUUCACAGUCAAACUAUUUUGCAUGUACUGGCAUGUAGAACUUUUCCCUGAAAAGUUAAGUAUAUGAAUGUAAAGCACACCCCAUUCUUAGGAAUAUUACCACCAACAAGCACUGAAAGGCCCAGAGUAAGAACAGUAUCAGAACAGACUCAAAGGCGAUUAAAUAUUAUUCCAAACAUACAUUUUACAUCACAGAUUUUAGAUUUUAUCCUUUGCAGAAUAAAUAUUUUGAAAAAC